ACUUCUGAAACAACUGAAAUAACUGAACAAAUAUCAACUCAACAAACAAGAAGUAUCAAAGAAAUUGAAGACGAAUUAUAUGAAGUUGAAAAACAAUUUAUUCAAUUAAAAAAAAGACGAAAAAAUCUUGAAAAUAAAUUAAAAGAAAAGAAAGAAGAAAGAAGAAAAAAAAACAAAAAAUGA